UCUUUCAAGGAUAAUGUUGUACUUUUGCGCCACAUGCGGAAACUCUUUGGUAUUGGAAUCCUUAUUAGAUGGCAAACUUCGAUUUACUUGUUUAACUUGUCCUUAUGUCCACAAUAUCGAACAUCCUAUACAAAAGAAAACCUAUUUAAAUAUGAAAGAAAUAGACGAUGUUAUUGGGGGUGAUGAUGCUUGGGAGAACGUAGACAAAACCAUAGAGACAUGUCCUAAUUGUUCGCAUAAUGAAGCUUACUUCCGUAUGAUGCAAACGCGUUCAGCUGAUGAACCCAUGACCACCUUUUAUAAGUGUAUUUCAUGUUCACAUAACUGGCGUGAGUAGAUUUUACUGUUUUCUAUAAUAAUUUUAUAGCGUU